AGUGCUAAUGAGGGAGUCAAUUUUUUGCGUUUCCGAGUCGUUUGUUGUGUGAGAGGGGCGAUUCGAACUAACAACCAUUUCCUCCCUUUCCAAGAUCUGAUCUGCAAGGAAAUAUUGAAGUAGCGAAGGGAGAAAGGAAUUGAAAGUAUGGCGGUAGUAGGCGGACCUGAUCCGUUGUUCGGAUUGAGGAACAAUUUUUACUUGGGAGCGUACCAGGCUGCAAUCAACAACAGCGAAAUUCCCCACCUUUCGCCAGACGACCAAAUUGAGAGGGAUUGCUACGUUUACCGCUCUUAUAUUGCGCUCGGAUCGUAUCAGCUUGUGAUAAAUGAGGUUGAUUCGUCGUCGCCGACACCACAUCAGGCGGUGAAGCUGCUUGCUCUGUAUUUCGCCAGCCCUGAAAACAAGGAAACAGUAAUUUCAAGUCUGAAGGAGUGGUUAGCUGAUCCAGCCCUUGGAAACAACCCCACUUUACGUCUUAUUGCGGGGAUUGUAUUCAUGCAUGAGCAAGAUUAUAGUGAAGCUUUGAAGCACACACAUGCUGGAGGAACAAUGGAGCUGCAUGCUUUGAAUGUUCAAAUUUUCCUUAAGAUGCAUCGAUCGGAUUAUGCUGAUAAACAGUUGAGAGUCAUGCAAGGAAUGGAUGAAGAUCACACAUUAACUCAACUUGCUAAUGCAUGGCUGAACUUGGCUGUGGGUGGCUCAAAGAUCCAGGAAGCUUACCUGAUUUUCCAAGACUUCUCUGAGAAGUAUCCAAUGACUAGCUUGAUCCUGAAUGGAAAAGCUGUUUGCUGCAUGCACAAGGGUGAAUUUGAUGAAGCUGAAUCACUUCUGCUUGAAGCCCUAAACAAGGAUGCUAAGGAUCCAGAAACUCUUGCUAAUUUGGUUGUCUGUAGUCUUCACCUGGGAAAAUCAUCAUCCCGUUUCCUCAGCCAAUUGAAGCUGUCACACCCUGAUCACACACUCGUCAAGCGUUCAUCUGCUGCAGGAGAGAGCUUUGACAGAGCACUACAAACUGUUGCAUAAGGAGAGUGUUUCAGCCUUUUUCUUCUCAUCUUGAACUUUACCCUCAUAGGGAGGGCUAUUCAAUUGCUUUAUUUUUUUCUUCAUAAAAACUGGAGUUGAGCUCUUAUGUUAGAUCUGCCUAUAUUCUUUCAACACAAAUUUAUGGUCCAACACUCAAAUCUGAUGACUUUUACUUUA